CUAUAUUUUCAUCGUCUUCUUCAUCAUCAUCUCAAGAUCGCUGCAAAAAAGAUGAUGAUGAUGAUGACGACGACAUUAUUCCAAGAUCGGAAUUAAUGUGUGAUGGGUGCAUAUUGCCUAUACAUGAAAAGAAGCAGACAGAUGGUGAUGGGUAUGAGAGUGGUUACAUGAGUUGUGAAGAAUGCAAAUACUUUCUCCAUUUGUCCUGCUUCAACUUACCACUACACAUCCCCUCUCUUCCAACUCAUCAUCUCAAACAUCACAGCUUAAGGCUUCAAAAUGUUGAUGGCAAUCUAACACGUAGGAAGAAGACCUGUGGUUUUUGUAAUGCUUAUGAGAAUGGGCUCUAUUACUCUUGUACCUACGAACGCUGCUGGUUCAACAUAGACAUCAAGUGUUCUUCUCUGCCCAGCACCAUAACACACGCAGCUCACCCGCGACAUAAUUAUCUCGAGAUAGUCUCAAGUGAUUAUGGUUCUUAUUUCUGUGUUAACUGUUAUAGGUUUUACAGGUCUCCAGGAGUGGGACAAUACAAAUGCAAUAGCUGCAGAUUCAGUUUGUGUGGUGAAUGUGCGAUGCUACCGGCAACAAAUAAGCAUAGAUUGGAGAAUCACUUGUUGCCGUUGACAUAUGAUGCCCGGUUUAACCGUCCCGGUGAGUUCUACUGCAGUAGUUGCGAAUACCAAAUGGACCCCAGAAGCUGGAUGUACCAUUGUCGAGACUGCGUGCGAUCAAUCCUUCCAUCCCGAAUGCUUUCCUGCUACGUCAGAUCCGUUGUGUUGUUGCAGCCGCCCCACCCCGACGACAUUACAAGCAGAGUCGAAGUAGAUCCGGUGAAAAGGUUCUCCCCUUUGCAUUUGCUCCUUGGCUGCCUUCCAUAGCCUAUAGACUGUCUUCCUACUGAUGCUAUGAGUUUCUGCUGCCUCCAUUACAGCCCCUCUUGCUAGUACUCCAUCAUGGCUGUGCUUGAGUAGAAACUGCACCACAUUAUUCUUCAUGUUGCUGCUCAAGUACAUGGUUUGCCUCUGCCCAAUAUCCAUCCCGAUGAUGAAAUUUUUCUGAGGGAGCCGAAUUUACUUCAUUGUUGGGAGUUUUUUUGGCAGAAUUUCAGAUUUGUGGUUGUUGGAGUUGUCUUAAAUGAAUGUAGUUGAGGCAUUUAUAGCAGCAUAGGAUUUGUACAGGUUGGAACUCAAAUUUCCCUCAAAAACUUUGUAGAGGGAACUUUGAAAAAUUCACUUCCCCCCUUGUAUUUUGAGGUGAUUUCACCUGACUUUGUUCAAUUAUGUAUGGAAGGCAUUUUUUUU